CUCAACGCGAUUCCAUUUGGUCUUCCAGAAUCUACCUCCAAAUUUAUGCCACGACAAUUAAUUACACUCUUUUAAUCUACACUAGUAACUCAUACUCGCACAGCCUCGCACAGCCAGGUACUCCUCACCGUCUUCUCAUACUCUCCUCGAAUCUUUCUUCGUCACACACUGUUCCCCUCCAACUUUUACAACCUCGGCCAUUAUGUCCACUGCUGUGGUCUCUGCUGAUGAUGGCCUCGAGCCGACCCUGCAGUGUAUUCUAGACCAGAAGACGCUGCGAUGGAUUUUUGUCGGCGGAAAGGGAGGUGUAGGCAAGACGACAACUUCGUGCUCUCUUGCUAUACAACUAGCUAAAGUCCGUCGCUCGGUUCUGCUCAUCUCGACUGAUCCUGCUCACAACUUGUCCGACGCCUUCUCCCAGAAAUUCGGCAAGGAGGCGCGAUUAAUAGAGGGAUUCUCUAAUCUAAGCGCUAUGGAGAUCGACCCAAAUGGAAGCAUUCAGGACUUAAUAGCCGGACAGGGUGAGGAAAAUAGCGAUCCGCUUAGUGGCGUGGGGGGCAUGAUGCAGGAUUUAGCAUUUGCAAUCCCCGGUAUAGAUGAGGCCAUGUCCUUCGCAGAGGUCCUCAAACAAGUCAAAUCCCUCUCGUACGAAGUCAUCAUCUUCGACACCGCACCCACAGGUCACACACUCCGUUUCCUCCAGUUCCCAUCCGUCCUCGAGAAAGCUCUCGCUAAGGUUUCCCAACUCUCUUCGCAAUAUGGGCCCCUACUUAACGGCUUCCUCGGAAACCAAGGUACACUUCCGAACGGUCAGAACUUGAACGAGAUGAUGGAGAAGCUGGAGAGUCUUCGCCAGACUAUUUCUGAGGUCAACACACAAUUCAAGGACGAGAACCUAACCACGUUUGUCUGUGUCUGUAUAGCUGAAUUCCUGAGUCUGUACGAGACAGAACGUAUGAUUCAGGAGCUAGCUAGCUACAACAUCGACACACAUUGUAUUGUGGUGAACCAGCUAUUAUUCCCCAAAAAAGGCAGCAACUGCGAGCAAUGCAAUGCCCGACGGAAAAUGCAGAAGAAAUAUCUAGAUCAAAUCGAGGAGCUAUACGACGAAUUCAACGUGGUCAGAAUGCCGCUUCUAGUGGAGGAAGUCCGGGGCAAGGAGAAGCUGGAACAAUUCAGCGAAAUGCUGAUCCACCCGUAUGUGCCCCCGGAGUAAGGUAUAUGCGGACUCCAUUGGGUCGUCUGGGGUUAGGUAGCGUGGCGUUACGAUGCCUUUGGGUCGUGAUAAGGGUGUCAUUCAAGGGAAAUAGAGGCUCAAACGAGACCAGGGUGCUAUUGGCAUAUGUACUCUAGUGGGAAGAUAUUACAUCGGUACUGAGCGUAUUGUGAUCGUCCUAUUUACAGCUCUAGCAUUGGAAGAAGGCAUGUAAUACAGUUAAUAUCAAUCAUAAGAUGCCCACACAUGCCAUUACAAUGUGGGGGAUGCGUGGUUAAGUCA